AGACUACGUCGAGGCGGGCUUCUGUACAUAACCUCAAUAAACAAAAGCUUUUGAACUGUGAUGAAGUGUGAUGAAAACACUAUGUAUGAAAUUGAUGCCAAUAAUUUUAUUGACAAAUAUCCUUCAAUUGAAAAUUCAUUAAAAAAUGCAGCUUUAAUUUCUCUUGAUGCUGAAUUUUCUGGCAUUCAAAACGAAAAUGCUCCCGGUGUCACACUUUUCGAUUCGAUGCCACUACGAUAUGAUAAAUUACGUAACCAUAUUAAUUCCUUUAUUAUCAUACAAAUAGGACUGACAACAUUAAAGUACUCAAGAGAUGAAAAUAAGUAUUAUAGUGAAACAUAUAGCUUUCAUAUCUUGCCAAAGCAACUUCCUUUUGAUGAUGGACAAUUUUCCAUUCAAAUCAGUAGUUUAGAAUUUCUUACUCGUCACAACUUUGACUUUAAUAAGUUGUGCUACAAUGGGAUCUCUUUUCUAGAUGAAACAGGAGAAUUGAAACUCAGAGAAAGUCUUAAAAAUAAUAAUUAUGCGAAUAAUUUUCGUAUAUUCAACAAUUGCACCUAUGAGGAUGUAUUCACUGAUUCUAUUGAUAAAGUAUUCAAAUGGUUAAAAGAGUUUAAGUCGAAUAAUCAAUCUGUACCUCAGUCGAUUGAAAUAGAGUGUGAGAGUUUUAUUCAUCAAUGCUAUCUCCAACGAGAGCUUAGAAAUUCUUUUAAGGAUAUUUGGACUGAAUCAAAAGAAAAAUCCAUUAUAGUUAUCAAAGUAUCAAAAGACACUAGAGAAGCAUUGGAAGAACAAGCACAAAAGCAGCAUAACACUAUUUUAGAAAAUCAAAUCAUUGAUUAUUAUUUAGGAUUUACUAGAGUUUUUAAGUUAUUAUUAACAUUAAAAAAACCUAUUAUAGGUCAUAAUUUGUUAUUAGAUCUAUUGUUUAUGUACAAACAAUUUUAUAAACCAUUACCAAAGAAUUAUGAAGUAUUCAAGAAAGAUAUCAAUCGUAUGUUUCCUACUAUUUACGAUACUAAAUUUCUCAGUUAUCGCUUGAAAAAAUCUAUACAAGCAGGAGCAUACAAAACUAACGUACUUAAGGAGUUAUUCGAAUAUUUUAUUCGUGAAGCAAGAACUCCAUUGUUAUUAAAUUCACCUGUGAUUGAAGUUACAGGAAAAACAAAUAAUAAUAAUGAGAAAUAUCACGAUGCUGGAUGGGAUUCAUUUUGUGCAGCUUAUUGUUUUAUCAAAAUAGCUUAUGCACAAACAUUGUAUAAUCGUAAUAGCAUCCAUGAUAUACCUGAAUUGACAAAUACGGAAAUUUUAUAUGGAAUAAAAGACUACAAGAAUUGUAUUAAUAUUAUUCAAGCAGAUCUAUCGUAUUUAAAAUUAGACGGUCCAGAUCCUGAUUCUACGCGACCACCUUGGAUUAAUAUCUCUUCAGAUAAAUUAAGUUUAAUCAAUAUAAAAGAGAUCUCUGAGACUCUUGCAUCAUUUGGAGCGAUUACUAUUCAACCACAAUCGAAACGGAGUAUAUUAGUUGCAACUUCGAACUACAAAACAGCCAACCAAAUAUUGGAACACUUCCAGAAAAAUAAGGACUAUCGAGUAACUUUAUAUAAUCCAUUAAGACAGCCAUUGAUGACUAAAUCGCUCAUUUGGGGAGGAUUAAUUGUAUCUGGUGGCCUAUUAACCUGGUUUAUUCGUGAUACUUUGAUGAAGCCUUCUACUCAACUGUAACAUUCAUUUGUUACUAUAACUUCUCAUCGGCUUAAGCAGAGUUUUAUUGUCAAUAUGAUAUUUAUAAUAUCAACACAAUGUUCAUAUUUUUUUACAUAAAUAUUUGACUAUAAAUUUCUAUCAAUAAUUUUGAUAACAAAAAUAUUUGUUAAU